AUGGCAUCAUCAUCGACCAACCAAAGUUGUCGCAUAUGCUCACUAAAAGAGAACAAGUCGGCCACCAAAAAUUUCCGCGAUGAUCGUAUACUAGGAAAAGGAGGUUUUGCCACCGUUUACUUAGGUAUCAUCAACGGUGAGAAAGUGGCAGUGAAGCAGCUUAUUAAAGUUUCCAGUCAAAAGGGGAUGGGUUUUGAUGAGGAGAUACAAGCACUAACACAGAUCAAGCAUCGCAAUAUUGUUUCUCUAAUCGGCUAUUGUAACAAGGACGGCGAGAAGAUUCUAGUGUACGAAUACAUAGAUAAUCACACACUAAAUGAUCAUCUCCACAAAAGGUUGAGGGACGGCCACUCAGAGCUCUCGUGGGAUCAACGACUCACUAUUUUGAUAGGAGUUGCACGAGCAUUGUACCAUCUUCACUAUUGCAUCGGCAUCGGCUCAUUCAUACACAGGGAUGUGAAGAGUUCCAACAUUCUUUUAGACAAGAAUCUCGUGGCUAAAGUUGCAGAUUUUGGCUUGGCCAAGUAUGUGAGCUUUGAUGACGAACUUAGCCAUAUUAUUACAGAUGGUAAGGGCACGUUUGGGUACAUGGAUCCGUAUUAUAUAUACACUGGGAAGCUUACAAAGGAUAGUGACAAGUAUUCAUUUGGGAUGGUGAUGCUUGAAGUUUUGGGAAAAAAGAAAGAAGCUAUGGACAUUCUGGAUCCAGUUUUUCAUGGGAACAUAACUGAAGGUAGGCUCAAGGCUGUGGAUAUAUGUUGUGAUAUAUGUAAAAAAUGCCUGCUUCCACCAAAGGAACGACCAGAAAUGAGUCUAGUUUUGGCCCAACUAGAGCUAGCGCUACAUACAUCGGAUAGUGAUUCAGAGAAUGUUAAUCCGAUGCCGGCAAUUGCCCAUCUUGCAAUACCACAUUCAGAUUUGAAGGAGAUGACUCCUAUUGAUUCAGGAUCAAGAGGAAGUACGAUUUAUUGGUCAACCAUCCCUGCCACUAGACAGAAAGUUGCUUUAAAAAUCUAA